ACAAUUACAUCACAUAAUGUCUUGGUUCAGGGCUGAAUAUCUACCGGUUGGCACGAAAGAAAAUUCUGCUAAUACUCCACUACGAAUAUCUUGUCAAAUCUUGCUUCUCCAAUGUUUCUAUUAUCUAGCUGCGUUGGUAGUCUUUUAUUUGGUGUCUCUGCUCAAUGGGUACGACUUCACUGUCAGUUGGGUGUUCUCAUGGGAGUUGAUAGAACCAGAUAAUGCAAUGGGACUCAUUUUGUUUGCAUUGUGGCUUUUCGACUCUCUUCUCUGUGUCUUGUUUGUUACUAUUAUCGUGGGAAGAUCAAAGCUCGCAUGGGACUUUGCAGUGACGGUUCACAUCCUCAAUGUCAUUGUUGUGUGGCUAUACACUGGCAAAUUUCCAGCAUCAUUUCUUUGGUGGUGUUUACAAAUCAUAUCUGGGGUAAUUUUGGUCACGUUGUCAACUUACUCCACAAGAUGGAAAGAGUUGCGCACAACAUUUUUUGAUGAGAUGCUAGAGCAGCAAGAAUUAGGAGAGGUUAGGCAAGAGGAGGAUUCAAUCCACAUGAAUGAUUUGCCUCCGCGUUCAAAUCAGGAUUAAAUGAUGAAAUAAGUCAUUGCAACUGUGUAUGUCAUUUUUUUAUUUUGGGCAAGAUCAUAAAAACCUUUUAAAACGCUAAAUCCUGGACAUUUUUUGGAGGAAACUGGAUGUACCUAUCUACACAUGAACUGUGUUGACGUGUGGAUGAACGAUGGAACGAUUUCAGGUUUGAUUUCCAUUCAAAAUAUGAAAGGUCAUAAUCUUUUUUUUUUUUUUUUUCAUUUUCGAAAGAUAAAGACCACUUCAAAAGUAAGACGCUGGUAGAGAUGUAAGCUUAGUUACUGAAAUAGCAAGACCUCUUUUCUAACGAUGUAUGUGGCUAGUUUAAUAUAAUCAUGUUUUCGGCCACAUGAUACGAUCUUUGUAAAACAGACUUUGGGGCACACAUAUGUGUUUGUGCUCCUACUAAUCACUGACUUUAUAAAAUAAC